AUGCAUGUCCUGGAGUAUGAGCUGAUCAAUCAGUCUCCCAUGAUGUUUGUUUUUAAAUCUAGAUAUAAAUUGGGUAAAGUCUAUUUCAUAGGUUUUCAAAGUAACAGUCUUCUGAGAAAAUCUGAAAGCUCUUUAAACUCCACUGCUGAAGAAGGAAAGAAGGGAAUGAUUCUAAAUGGCAAUUUGCACUGUCAUUUUAAAAGUAUUUCUCAGAUAUUUGCUAGGCAUUUUAUGGAGGGAGACAUGGGGAUGCUGCUCCCUCUCACGGUGCAGUAUCACUGCGAGUUUGGAUCUGGAAUUGUCCCUUAG